UAUUCGAAAUAUGAUCAUCGCUAAGAAAACGGCAGCCAGCAGUUGCUCCACCACCAUCAACAACUGCCCCGGUCUAGAGCAGCAGCCGCUGAAACAAAUGUUAUUGCAACUUCAAGCAAAAUUGAGAGUGGUUAAGUGGAUUGUAUUAUUAUCAGUUUUGACAGUUUUGCUGUCUCUAGCUGUUUACUAUUUGGCGUCUCUUGUCCAGCCACUGCCUCUACCGCUGCAGCAAAUCUCAAGCUUUUCAGCGUUUGUGCCGCCGGUGAUAGCAGCCAAACAGAGACUUUACGAUACAGAUAACAUUGAGGCAGAAGAUAGGAGAAAUUUGGCAAGAGUCCUAAGGGAAGCAGCGACCAAGGAGAAGACGGUGAUAGUGACGAUAAUGAAUCAGGCUUGGGCGGAGCCAGAUACGAUGUUUGAUGUGUUUCUUGAGGGAUUCCGAAUCGGCAUAGGAACGGAGAGGCUACUCCGCCACGUUGUGGUUGUGUGUUUAGAUGAUAAAGCCUACACACGGUGCUUGGAAGUCUUACCCCGCCGGUGCUUCUUUCUGAAGACAUAUGGUGCCUACACACGGUGCUUGAAACAUAUGGAAGUUCCUAUUAACAUGGAAAAAACAAAAUUGACAGAAUCAGUUCAAUUUUUUAUAUAUCCAAUUGUUCUUGUGUGGUUUGUUUAGAUUAGAAUGAACUAAAAGCGGUUAUUCCUUGUA